GGAGGUGGUGGAGGUGGUGGAGGAGCUAGCCAUGGCCUCGGGCGACACCCUCUACAUCGCCACCGACGGCUCGGAGAUGCCGGCCGAGAUCGUGGAGCUGCACGAGAUCGAGGUGGAGACCAUCCCGGUGGAGACCAUCGAGACCACCGUGGUGGGCGAGGAGGAGGAGGACGACGACGAGGACGACGAGGAGGAGGAGGACGACGACGACGGGGGCGGCGGCGGCGGGCAUCACCACCACCACCACCACCAUCACCACCACCACCACCACCCGCCCAUGAUCGCCCUGCAGCCGCUGGUGACGGACGACCCCAGCCAGGUGCACCACCACCAGGAGGUCAUCCUGGUGCAGACCCGCGAGGAGGUGGUGGGCGGCGACGACUCGGACGGGCUGCGGGCGGAGGACGGCUUCGAGGACCAGAUCCUCAUCCCCGUGCCGGCCCCGGCCGGGGGGGGAGGCGGCGGCGGCGGCGGAGGCGACGACGACUACAUCGAGCAGACGCUGGUCACCGUGGCGGCGGCCGGCAAGAGCGGAGGAGGAGGAGGAGGAGGGGGGUCCGGCUCCUCGGGCGGCGGGGGCCGCGUCAAGAAGGGCGGCGGCAAGAAGAGCGGCAAGAAGGGCUACCUCGCGGGGGGAGGCGGCGGAGGAGGAGGAGGAGGCGGCGGCGGCGGCGGCGGCGUUGGCGGCGCCGAGCCGAGCGGCAGGAAAUGGGAGCAGAAGCAGGUGCAGAUCAAGACCCUGGAGGGGGAGUUCUCCGUGACCAUGUGGGCUUCGGAUGAUAAGAAAGACAUUGACCAUGAAACAGUGGUGGAAGAACAGAUCAUUGGAGAGAACUCCCCUCCUGAUUACUCAGAAUAUAUGACAGGGAAGAAACUUCCUCCGGGAGGAAUCCCUGGCAUCGACCUCUCAGACCCCAAACAGCUGGCUGAGUUUGCCAGAAUGAAGCCAAGAAAAAUUAAAGAAGACGAUGCCCCAAGAACGAUAGCUUGCCCUCAUAAAGGUUGCACAAAGAUGUUCAGGGAUAACUCUGCCAUGAGAAAGCACCUGCACACCCACGGUCCACGCGUCCACGUGUGUGCAGAAUGUGGGAAGGCCUUUGUUGAGAGUUCAAAACUAAAGCGACAUCAACUGGUUCAUACUGGAGAGAAGCCCUUUCAGUGCACAUUUGAAGGUUGCGGAAAACGAUUUUCACUGGACUUCAAUUUACGCACGCAUGUGCGAAUUCAUACUGGAGACAGGCCCUAUGUGUGCCCUUUCGAUGGCUGUAAUAAGAAGUUUGCUCAAUCAACUAACCUGAAAUCUCACAUCUUAACACAUGCUAAGGCCAAAAACAACCAGUGAAAAUACAAGGGAAGACAGUUCUCGAACUCAACAAAGCAUCUUACAGGAGUAUGAUUGGGAAUAAAUAUGCCUCUCCUUUAUAUAUUGUUUCUAGGAAAGAAUUUUAAAAAAUCGAAUCCUACACACCUAAAGGACCUGUUUUUGAUAAAGUAGUAAAAAUAAAAACAACUUUAAGAUGACGUUGCUAAGAUGCUCUAUCUUGCUCUGUAAUCCAGUUUCAAGAACACGGUGUUUUGUAAAGUGUGGUCCCAGCAGGAGGACAGUUCAUGGACGUGCAUCAAAAAGACAAUUCUUUAUACAACAGUGCUAAAAUUGGACUUCUUUUCACAUUCUUAUAAAUAUGAAGCUCACCUGUUGCUUACAAUUUUUUUAAUUUUGUAUUUUCCAAGUGUGCAUAUUGUACACUUUUUGGGGAUAUGCUUAGUAAUGCUAUGUGUGAUUUUUCUGGAGGUUGAUAACUUUGCUUGCAGUAGAUUUUCUUUAAAAGAAUGGGCAGUUACAUGCAUACUUCAAAAGUAUUUUCCUGUAAAAAAAAAGUUAUAUAGGUUUUGUUUGCUAUCUUAAUUUUGGUUGUAUUCUUUGAUGUUAACACAUUUUGUAUAAUUGUAUCGUAUAGCUGUAUUGAAAUCAUGUAGUAUCAAAUAUUAGAUGUGAUUUAAUAGUGUUAAUCAAUUUAAACCCAUUUUAGUCACUUUUUUUGGAAAAAUACUGCCAGAUGCUGAUGUUCAGUGUAAUUUCUCUUUGCCUGUUCAGUUACAGAAAGUGGUGCUCAGUUGUAGAAUGUAUUGUACAGGCAUCGACUUUUUAUUAACACCUGAUAUGUACAUCCCAUGUAAUAGAAAGGACAACAAUAAAAUAGUGGUCCUAAAGAAAGAAUAUGGCAGAAAAUGAUCUGUAAGCACAGUCUUAUUUUUUUUUUUGAUGUCCAGAAUGAUUAUCAUUCUUCUUGAGCCUCCCAGAAAUUGGAAGCUAAAUAAAGCUACUCGAGUUUCCUUUCCUUUGCA